AUGUCGUCCAUGCGGGGAUUGGUACAGUUCAUUGCCGACCUACGGAAUGCGCGGGCCCGGGAACUGGAAGAGAAGCGAAUUAACAAAGAAUUGGCGAAUAUCCGACAGAAGUUCAAGGAUGCGAACCUAAAUGGAUAUCAGAAAAAGAAAUAUGUUUGCAAGCUGCUCUAUGUUUAUAUACAGGGUUAUGAUAUCGAUUUUGGACACUUGGAAGCGGUGAAUUUGAUCUCUGCGAACAAGUAUUCAGAAAAACAAAUUGGGUAUCUGGCGGUGACGCUGUUUCUUCAUGAGGGCCAUGAGUUAUUACAUCUCGUUGUGAAUAGCAUUCGGAAAGACCUCCUGGACUAUAAUGAGCUUAAUAACUGUUUGGCGCUACAUGCAGUGGCCAAUGUCGGCGGGAGAGAGAUGGGUGAAGCGCUGGGUGUCGAUGUGCACCGGCUUUUGAUCUCUCCUACUUCCAAAGCGUUUGUGAAGAAAAAGGCGGCACUUACGCUUUUACGAUUGUAUCGUAAACAUCCCGGCAUUGUUCAACCGGAAUGGGCAGAACGAAUAAUUUCUCUAAUGGAUGAUCCUGACAUGGGGGUCGCUCUGUCGGUCCUGUCGCUCGUGAUGGCUCUAGUGCAAGAUAACCCCGAGCGAUAUAAAGGAAGCUACGCCAAAGCUGCCCAGCGGCUUAAGAGAAUCGUCGUCGACAAUGACAUCGCUCAGGACUACAUAUAUUACAAGGUCCCCUGCCCAUGGGUGCAGGUGAAGCUUUUAAGACUGCUUCAGUAUUAUCCACCUUCGGAUGACACACAUGUCAGGCACCUCAUCAGACAGUCCAUCGAGGAGGUCAUGCACUCGGCAAUGGACACGCCAAAAAAUGCUCAGCAAAACAAUGCGCAAAAUGCGGUUCUUUUUGAAGCGAUCAAUCUUCUUAUCCACCUCGAUACCGAGCAUAAUCUCAUGAUGAAAAUAUCUUUGCGCCUGGGCAAAUUCAUACAAUCCCGGGAGACCAACGUCCGAUACCUUGGUCUGGAAGCCAUGACACAUUUUGCGGCAAGAGCAGAGACUCUUGACCCUAUCAAACACCACCAAGAUAUUAUUCUUGGUUCCUUGCGAGACCGUGAUAUUAGCGUUCGACGAAAAGGCCUCGACCUUUUGUACAGCAUGUGUGAUACCUCUAAUGCACGACCGAUCGUAAAUGAAUUGCUCAAGUAUUUGCAGACUGCCGAUUAUUCCAUCCGUGAAGAAAUGGUUCUCAAAAUUGCGAUAUUGACUGAAAAAUAUGCCACUGAUGCCCAGUGGUAUAUCGAUAUUUCGCUGAAACUCCUCUCUCUGGCCGGUGACCAUGUUAGUGAUGAGGUCUGGCAACGAGUCAUUCAGAUUGUCACCAACAACGAGGAGCUGCAAGCCUAUGCCGCCCAACACCUGUUACAGUACGUCAAAGGCGAUUGUCACGAUAGCUUAGUGAAGAUUGGCGGUUACAUCCUUGGUGAAUUUGGCCAUUUAAUUGCGGACAAUAAAGGGUGCAGCCCCAUCGAACAGUUUUUGGCCCUGCAGAACAAGUUGAAUUUUUGCUCAGACACUACUCGGGCCCUACUCCUCUCAUCUUUCAUUAAAUUUGUUAACCUUUUUCCGGAGAUUAAACCCCAACUACUCCGUGUUUUCCGCAUAUACAGCCAGUCACCAGAUUCUGAACUACAACAACGAGCCUGUGAGUAUCUAACUCUUGCAACUUUGCCGACGGACGACCUCCUCCGCACCGUUUGUGAUGAGAUGCCACCUUUUUCGGAAAGGACGUCUGUGCUUUUAUCGCGACUGCAUCAGAAGAGCGCUGGAAUUAGCGACAAGCGGACAUGGGUUGUGGGUGGAAAAGAUGCCAAUGCCGAUAAACAAGAGGUUUUAUUGGCCCAGCAGACAGGUCUUAAACGUUCUUUCACCACUAUCGUAAACGGCACAUCAUCUGGACCCAAGGCUACCGUAGCAAAAUCUACUGUAUCAUCCGAUUUGGCUGGCUUGGAUAUGAGCUCGAGUUCAGAUGGUCCGGAACCGAAUCUGGCUAGUGCCGCACAUCUUUCCGCUGACUGGGAAAUCGGCUUUAACCGUCUGUACUUCAAAGACGAGGGUGUCCUCUUUGAAGAUGCACAGAUUCAGGUUGGCCUUCGUUCCGAGUACCGCGUUCAUCUAGGCGUAUGCAAGUUAUACUUCACGAACAAGUCUUCUUUUCCAAUUGGGUCAUUCACCACAACCCUGGAUAACCCCUCGCCCCAAAGCAUCAAGAUUGAUUCCAAAAACCUACCGGAUCCGGAUGUUCAGGCCCAGAGUCAGACGCAGCAAACAAUCUGCUUCGAGUCCAAGGGGCCAUUCACUAAGCCGCCAACGAUUCGAAUUUCUUACCUUGCUGGUGCCCUCCAAGCGUAUACUUUGCAGCUACCUGUCCUAAUGCACAAAUACAUGGAUGAAUCGACCUUGUCACCUGACGAUUUCUUUAAAAGAUGGCGACAGAUUGGUGGCCCACCGCUCGAGGCGCAGUCGACUUUUGCUGUACAAGGCAAAGGGCGGAUGAUAACAGAGUCAUUCACACGAGGCAUUGUGCAAGGGUUUAGGUUCAGGAUUCUUGGCGGUGUGGAUCCGAAUUCGAAAAACGUGGUCGGCUGUGCUGUUUAUCAAAUGGAUGGCGGUAAAACUGGAUGUCUUCUGAGGUUGGAACCAAAUUAUGAGAAGAAGAUGUACCGUAUAACGAUCCGCGCAACACAAGACGCCGUGCCACAGGCAUUGGUGAAACUAAUGGAGGAGAGACUUGCACAGGGUGUCUUUUAUGUCGACGUUCAUACCACCGCCCUCACCAACUCUUAUUUGUUUAUUCGUCUGGCCCUCAUUUUUUCUUUAAGAUUCCCCUUCUUGUUCCCCAUCCCGCUUUUCCGCUUUUAUGUUUUUACUUUCCGUGACCUCAUGAUCCUGCAAGAAACACAUCAUGGCCUUUUGGUAAGGUCUCAAUGA